AGGGACUACCUAAUAAAUUACAGUAUGUAAGCAUAAAUGAGCAAGAAUGUGACCACGAAGAAACGCGUAACAACAGCACGCUCACUAAGUAAGCGAGAAAACGAACCAAAGCACAAUCUAGACAGAUACAACGACGCCGUAUGUUGAUAAAUCUAGAUAAAGCCAGACACGCAGCGCUCCACCUCGGUAGAGACCUACCAACCGACAAACUUUUGUGGAAGGGCACCUACCAUAAAGACUAUACCAAAUCGACCAGGAACUUCCUAUCGAUGACGAUGCACGAUGCUUACCAAGUCGGUUCCCGGUGGGAGGACAAGCCAGGAUACAAACAACGGGAAACAUGCGCAAGAUGCACAUCCUCUUCGAGUAAUAUUAAUUGUUUCCGAGUAAUAGGGAUGUAUAGACAUGCUAUGACACAUUUCAAUUGACAAAAUACUGAAUGGAUCCUAAAUUCCUCACCCUA